AAACGCGGGUAAAAUACGAGUUCAGGUGAGCGAGUUGGAGUUGGACGUAAACAAUCAAUAAUACAUAGAUUAAUUCAAGUUUUAGAAAAUGAUUUAUUAGAAUAUUACAUGAAGACCCAUACUACAAGGAGUAUUAUAGUACCUACAAUAUAAGUAGCUGACAAAUACCUGUACAAUGUAACUAGCUCACAGUAUGUCAAUAAUAACAGUGCAACUGGGGCAAUGUGGAAAUCAGAUUGGUGGUCAGUUGUUCCAGACCUUAAUGGACGAUGUCCACUCAAAACCCCUUGCUACACAGGUUGCUCCUGACAAGAAUGAAGAAUACAAAAAUAACGUUUUGUCCAAGUUCUUCUAUUGUGGAGAAUUGGGAGAGGACACCCCGAAAGCGAGAGCUGUCAUGGUGGACAUGGAACCAAAGGUGAUCGCUCAAACAUAUCAAGAUGCAAAACAUUCAGGAAAAUGGUGCUACUCAGAAAAACAGCAUUACAGUCAACAGAAAGGAUCGGGAAACAACUGGGCACAUGGCUACUGCGUCCAUGGUCCAGCAUGUCAGAGCAAGGUGAUGGAACUAGUCAGGCGUGAGGCCGAAAAAUGUGACAAUAUUGGAGGCUUCCUGUCUCUGAUGAGCCUGGCUGGGGGAACAGGCUCAGGGGUGGGGGCAUAUGUGACCCGGUGUUUGAGAGAAGAAUUCCCGCAUGCAUUUCUCAUGAACCAGGUUGUGUGGCCCUAUAAGACAGGGGAAGUGAUCGUGCAGAAUUAUAAUGCCGUUUUGACACUAUCGAGAUUAUAUAACACUGUGGAUGCUAUUGUUGUCAUGGAAAAUGACCACCUUCAUAAGAUCUGUCAACAACUUUUGAAUAUCAAGAAGAUUUCAUUCAAGGACAUUAACAAGGUCAUUUGCCAUAAGUUAGCUACAAUGCUACAGCCCUGCCCAGUUAACAAGUACACAGGGGAUGUUUGUUCUAACUCUAUAGGUGAAAUGUUGGAACAUCUGGUACCACACCCUGACUACAAAUUACUCACCAUCAAAAAUAUCCCCCAAAUGUCUGCAGCUGCCCAUGAAUUCAGCACCUACCAGUGGCAUGGUCUUCUGAAGCAUCUACGCCAGAUGCUGAUAUCGGAUGCUCCCAUGGAAGAAGGUAUUGAUUGGCAAGUCAAAGUUAGUGGGAGGGGAUCCCGUCACAACACCUCCCUGGCUAAUUUUUUGCUGUUGAGGGGCAAGGAAUCAGCAACUGCUGAAGCGACCUCAUUCUGUGAUUCUGCCCUCUAUGCUCCCUGGGUGCCACCAGAUGGCGCUCUCAUGACAGGAGUGCAACCAAGAGCCUUUAACCAUUACGAAAAAUCAGCAUCUCUGAUCUCAAACAGCCAAUCACCAGUGGGAGUGAUGGACACUAUGGUAGGGAGAGCUUGGGAUAUGUUUUCCUCCAGAGCUUAUGUGCAUCAGUAUGCACAGCAUGGACUCACAGAGGACGAAUUUCUGGAUAGUUUUGCUGUUUUAGAACAAGUUAUAGCAAAUUAUAAACAUUUGUAGCAUAGAUGAAAAAAUGGACUCACAGAGGACGAAUUUCUGGAUAGUUUUGCUGUUUUAGAACAAGUUAUAGCAAAUUAUAAACAUUUGUAGCAUAGGUGAAAAACAAACUUAGGUAAGGUGAUUUUCACAGAAAAAAAAGGAAACAAAAGGGAAUUUGUGCGAAAAUCCCCCAGCUUGUAGAAAAUCAAUGUUUGGUAACUACUUUGCACAUCUGGGUAAUGUAUUGCUUGUUUCCAAUACAUUCUCUCACCAGAGAGUGAAUUAUGUAAUCCAUGUAAUGGGCACCUAUAAAACAAAUAAAUUUUGUGUGGAAAA